AUGCAAUCAACAAAUCAUCUUGAAUUAAUAUGGAAAUUACGACAACGUCUUUUACGUCUUGUUAAAUUAGGUCAACCGAAACAAUUAUCUUCAACAAUACAAACAAAUGAAUAUUCUAAUAAUGAUCUAUCAACACAUGUUGAAGAAUGUGUUCGUCGUUUAUUUAAUACUUCAUAUACGGUUGAAACAUUUAUUCAAAAUGUCCAACAAAUAUUAAAUGUUACUAUUAAAACUAAUCUAACUCUUUUUUUUACUCAAACAAUUCCAUUAGCACAUCAAUAUUUACAACAACAUCAAUUCAAUCCAUACUCAUGGGAAACUUUCAAAAUGAUUACAUUACAAACAUCAUCUAAUCUAAUUUCUAAUACAUCAGAUUUAACUCGACUUCCAUCAUUACAACAAGCUCAUUUUCGUUUACCACCAUCAUGUCCUCAACUCAUGGAUCUUACAUCAUCCAUAUCAACUCAGCCUUCACAAGAACAAACAUUUCUAACACCUAUUAUACGAUCAGAUGCCGAUCAAUAUCAACAACAAUUAAUUAUACGUUUUGCUCAAAACAAUUUUUAUCUAGAUGAAUCUGGUGAACAUUUAUUUCUUCAAACAUUAUAUACAUUUCUAAAAUAUAUCAUUCGACGUCUUCAUUUCUUUGCUCAACAUCGAAUUGAUACCUAUUUAUUAAAUUCAAAUACAUAUGAAAUAACAAGUAAUGUACGUGAACAAAUUCGUUUUCUUAUUGAAUUAGAUAAAUUACAAAAUGGAAAUUUUAAUAAUAAUAUUAAUAUGAAUAAAUUUCAACAAAAAAAAUCUGAAAUGAUGAAUAUAAUGGGUGAUGAUGAAAAACGAAUGCAAGGACAUGAAUAUCGAUUAUCAGUAAUUGAAGAAUUAAGAAAAAAAGAAGCUGAUGAAACUGCAUGUCUUGUUUUACGUGAAAGUCGUUUGAAACGACAAAAACUAUCAGAUAAUUAUCAAAAAAGUAUUUCAACUAGAAUAAUUCGUGCUAAUUUACAAGAUCUUAUUGUUGUUAUGGAAAAUGAACAAACGUUGAAACGAUCAAGAACACUAUUAUAUGCUUAUGCUAAUCGAUAA